CCGUUGUCGUGUGUUAUUAAUAUUGUUCUGUUUUUAAGCAAAUGACUAAUGUUUAAACAAAAUUAGCAGAGAAAUGAAAUAAUAUGGAGAAAAUAUUAUAAUUCAAUAUAGAAUAAUUUCAUAUAUGUGAAUUUCGACACACACACAUUAAGCGUGCAUGGGUUUCUUCAUUUGCACCCACAAAUCGAAAUAGCAAAACUUUCUCCAAUACCGGCAAUUGUUUAAGAUUUAUUUAUUUUUUGUUCGYAUUUCUGUCUACGUAUGUAUGUAUGCGUAUGAAUGAAUGGGGCAACAUUUUGGUUGGCCGUGUAUUGCAAGAGAAAAUUAUAAUCAACUUUGUAUGUAUUAUUGUAUAAACAUAUACUAACAUAAUACAUACAUAUAAAUACGCACAAUGGCAUUAAAACUAAAUCAUAUAUGAGGAAAGUGACAGGAACUAAUACAUUUACAACCGUACAUAUGUGAAGACCAUGUGUAUGUAAAUCAAUGUCACAACACAACACAUAUGACUGAGUGUACCUACUAAAUACCAUAUACUAAAUAUUUAUAAUGAUGGACGUUAAGGCGCGCAACAAUGGCUUUGCUUACCACCUGUUCCAAGGCGUUAUUUUACUUGCUGUUGCUUUAGAUUUAGCCACAUGUUCAGAGAGAGAAGUCUUACAAUGCUACAAGUGCUCAGUAACUGUGGAGAAGUAUUUUGUUGAUAAUGCAACAAUUGUUACCCCACUGUGCUCCAAAUUCGAGGAGUCUGCACAUUAUGUUGCCCAGUGUCCAUAUUCGACGAUGUGUUUGAAGACGAUAUCAACGCUGCACCUUCAAAAUGGACAAAAGCAAGAAACCAUCACAAGAGGUUGUGCUCAACAAAAAAACACAACUCAGGUGUUUCGCAAUAGGCAAUGGGAGCAGGAGCACUUGGUGCAGGAAGUAUAUAAGGAAGAGUGCACGGAAAUUCAGUCUAACUUCGCGGGAUCGAAAAUCAUGCACUGCUACUGCCGCGGCGAAUUGUGCAACUCAGCGAACUAUUUUACUGCCGACAGAAAACUGAUAAGCGCGACCAUUUAUCUAUUCAGCGCUAUUUUGCUGUUCAAUAAUAUAUAAUUCGAAAUUUCACACUCAAAUACAUAUAUUUAAAUGUACCGCGUUCGGCUUUAAGUUAGAAGUUGUUGUGAUAAUUUGAGCAUAACAUAAAUAUUUGCUAUGGCCUUUUGUGAUAAAAAAAAAAUUAUAAUAAUAAUACAAAUGCUGCCCAGUCGUCUUUUAUCAAGAUUAACAAACAAUUCGAAGAUAAAGUUUAUAACAUGGUAUAUUCUUGUAUACAAAACUAAAAACAAAUCUUUGUUUAUCUGUUGUUAAAGCUACGAUUGUACUACUCUUGAGUAAGCCUUUGAGAGGUACUUGAAUAAAUACUCAAUGUAACUGAAUUUUUUC